UUGAAUCGCAUUCCAGUGUCAUAUUCGGCCAUAGGGGGCUUUUCAGCAGCAGAUAGCUUUUGUCCAUCCUCUGCGGUUUCAGUUCUCUCUCAUUUUUGGAAAUUGACUGCCCGAUUCAGCUCAAGCUUCACUUGCUGCACAUCUGGGCCUUGCAGGCUCCCUCGCAUCCUCACAAGACCUUCUGCUAUUGCAUCUCCGAUGCGACAAAAUGGUCAAAGAUUCAUGCCAUUUGUAACCAACAUCAAGAACUUCCCAUCAUUAGCUUCGGAGAAAGGUUGAUGUUGAUUUAGCAAUAGAGAAUUUGGCAUCGAAGUAACCCAAAUAGCCUGAUGAAACCUUGAAUCGAUUGUUAUGUUUUCAGAUAUUGCAUCCCUUUCUCGGGUCUAGGCGAAAUCCGAGAUUCAGAAUCCCGAUCCCUUGCUUCCAGUCCCUCUCAAUCCCAGGGUACCUGAUUCGGUUAUUCGUCCCUAAGGGAUGAACACUGGAGGUGACAGCCAGGGAAUUGUCGAGAGAGCCUUGCUGUUCAGGUGAAACAUUCCCAAGAAAAUGACAGAAAAAUAGAGGUUGCAACUUUACUGAUCUUUUCAUGUGAAGUUUGUUUCCCUUUGUCUAUACAUUGCUUAUUAAUCAUC